AUGGCUGCCCGGCUCAUUCCUCGCGUAUUCUCUGCAGGGUUGGCUCCGAGAGCUUCAUUCCAAUUUGCUCAUGCAACUGCUCGCUCUCAAUUCCUCUCAAUGCGAGCCAUAGCCACCAAGAAAUACACCCCGGAACAUGAAUGGGUCUUAUACGACGACGCGACAAAGAUUGGCACUAUCUCUAUCACCGACUAUGCACAAAAGGCUCUGGGAGACGUAGUCUUUGUCGAGUUGCCGGCCAUUGGCACCGAACUUGCCCAAGGAGAUAACAUUGGCGCAGUAGAGAGCGUUAAAGCAGCGUCUGACAUCUAUGCACCUAUCUCUGGAAAAAUAAUCGAAGUCAACAAGGGGCUUGAUGAUAAACCUGGGCUACUCAACGCGGAUCCAGAAGGAGAAGGUUGGCUGUGCAAAAUUGAAGCUUCAAAGCCGGAGGAGAUUGACUCGCUGCUUGACGAGGCUGCAUACAAGCAGCUAUGCGAGGAAGGUCAUCAGGAAUAG